AUGUUUAAAAAAUUCACCAAAGUCAUAGCAAAAGAAAUGGAUCCAAGCAAGGACCUGGUCCCUGUUGAGAGCAUCACAGACAAUGAGCACUUCAGGCCCCUCUCUCUACUGAAAAAGAAGAGAAAAUCAAAAACCAUGUUCCACCCAGCUCCCUACUACCAGCGGACAGGGUUCACACUGCAUGAUGUGCUGCUGCCUGGAGAAGAUGGUAAAGGCAUAGAGGCACUCCUUCAAGUUUCCAGCCAAUUUACUAUCACAAAAACAAGCAAAGACCAAGUUGAUGGAGGUCUCAGCAUUUCAUUUGACCCUGCAACGGUAGAUCUGAAAGGAGGUGCCUCCUUGUCCAAGGCAUUUUCUGUCAAGUCACAGAAGAGGAGCAUUUCACUGCAGUCACUGGAGGCACUAAAAAAAGAAAGAGAAAUGAACAUGAAUCAUUCCUUCAUCCGGCAACUACAGAGAACAGACAUCGAUCUAUACGUGGUCACUGAAAUCCUCGAAGCCUCAGAGGAAACUGUCUACAAGGAAUCCACCAAGGCAGAUGGGGGCUUCAAGGCCACAUUUUUGGCCACAUUCUUUGCAAAGGGCAACAGAGAGAGCAACCAAGACAUAGUCAUACCCAAGGGCUGCACCCUGGCAUUCAGGACCAUCCCACUAAUCAUUAGAGAUGGAGAAUGGGAUGUGGGUUAUUUGCCAACAGAACGAACGAAGAUGGAAACAAUAGGAGGCUUUUUAUUCUCUUUCAGAUGUGGGUUAUUUGCCAACAGAACGAACGAUGAUGGAAACAAUAGGAGAACUCACGUGACAGAAUUGGUGCCGUUCUGGUUUGCAGGUCCAUCACAAGGAAAAUUAGGAGAAGUAGUGGGUGAAGUGGAAUACCGCUGUCAUAUAUUCUCCAAGUUGUCUCCUGAUGUCCUGCUCAUCAUCUUCAACGCCAUCAAAGCUGUUAUGAAAGACAAGAACCUUCUUCAAGAGCUCAGACAGAAAAUGGAAGAUAUUCCUGAGCAAAAUGAUGGCUAUGAGCUGAAAACUGAGAGCCCACACUUAAAAGACCUGUUCAGCACCUUACAGCAUUCUCCAAGAGAUUGUCUACUUCAGGUGGCAGGAGGAAUCACUUAUGUCCUUGAUGCUUUGCAUGAGUUAAUGGACGAUCAGCUGCUGCUGCUGCUGGAAUCCUUGGAAAGGAAGAUUCUGUCCCAACAGCUGAACCUGGUUGCAGAGAUACUGAAACAUGACCUGGAGGAUAAGAUGUGUAAUUUCCAUGUGGAUGCCAGGCUGUUCUCCUUCCCACACGAGGAGGAACAGAGGUUAACCAUGGAACUGGUGGAGCUGAGUGGAGUGCAGCUCCAGGAAGAUGGAUCAGCUGUCCCUAGGGAUCAACCCUUCGAGUCUGUGGCAGCCCUGUUUGUGGCCGUGUACUUCCUGAAUGGCUUGAGUAGGGUAUACCUGGCCCUGUCCAGUGAAAUCCUCUCUAAAGCAUCAGGAAAUCUCUGCUGA